AUGGAACCUGCAGGCUUGGCAGUAGGCGUCACAGGACUCAUCGGAAUCUUCAGUACCUGUCUGGAUAUCGUUGAAAGGUGGGACUCCUAUAAAGACUUUGGAGUCGAAUCCGGUUCUCUCAUAGCUCGCUUUAGAGCCGACAGGGUUCGAUUUCAGCAAUGGGGUCAGCGCGUAGGUAUUGAUAAAGGCAAACAUGGAGACGGCUAUCACAAAGCCCUCGACGACCCUUUAAUUCGACCGGUAGUUGAUCAGAUCUUACAAAGUAUCAAGCAUUUCGAUGAUGAUACAGGCGAUUUCACCUCUUGCUUGCGACCAAUCUCCGGUUUAAUUGAUCCGCUAGCCCAUAGCAAGAGCGUUCUUCCCAGAGAGCGUCCACAAUUCGAGAAGUAUCAGGACGCAACGUCACGAAAGAGUAGACUUGGAUGGGCUCUGAGAUGGAAGACGCGGUCUCUUGCAUUUGUCGAAUCGUUUGACGCUCUAGUCCAGAAGCUAUAUGAUCUCGUUCCUCCAGAUCAGCCCACUAUUCCAGGCCAGAUGAUCUCAGAACCAAGACAUAGCAAUCUUGCCUCUCUCAAUGAUAUAGUUACAAAAACAGGAGAAACUUCAUGGCAUCUUGACAUUCAAAGGAUCUUGGCCGAUGUAGAAAAACAGUUAGACAAUGAGACCCGCAAAGAGCUGAACGAUUGGCUCGAUACGCAUGAUACAAAACAGAUGUACGACGAUUUUGUCCGUAGGAUACUAGAUGGUACCUGCGACUGGAUACUUAAUCGGCCUGAGUUCUUGAAAUGGCAGUCGUUCCCAUCGGAAAACGCAAAGCUCUUAUGGGUUAACGGGCCUCCUGGAUACGGAAAAACGAUUCUUUGUGCAAGAAUCGUUCAACACCUAUUGGCGACUUCUAACAGUCCCUUGGCAUAUUUCUUUUUCUCCUCAGAGUUAGAAAGCCGGGCGGAUCCUUUUGUUGUUAUGAAGUCCUGGAUCUCUCAGAUUACGAUACAAAAUCGAGAUGCAUUUGAUCUCGCCCGAGAAAAACGGGAGGCGACCGACGGACGUAUAGCAUCGCAAACCGAUAUUGAAGAGCUUUUCAAAUCAAUCGUUCAGAAUAUACCGAGAUGCAUUUUCAUCGUAGACGGCCUUGACGAGUGUACUGUACGAGAGAACGACGGCAAGACAGGUCGUAGGGAUUCUUUAUUAAAGUUUCUCAAGUCUCUUAAGUAUAUCAUCUCAAACUCAAAAUCACGGCUUCUAGUUGUUAGUCGCAAUGACCAGGAGAUUCGAGAAGGUUUAAACGGUAACAAGACUAAUAUGGAGUGUGAACUGGUUGAGUUACCAAUACUUCCACGGGAUGUCGAAUCCGAUGCUACCCUGUUUUCACAAAGCAUUAUCGAAGAGAAGCUCGCCAACAAAAGUGAAGCACAACGGCAAGAACUUGCACAUAGAAUGGUCGACCGGUGCGACUCAAUGUUUUUAGGAAUUAAAUUGCUAGAACCCGACCUAAAGGGUGGCAAAAAUCUAAAACAACUUCAGCGACUCAUUGACGAAGCACCUAAUAAGCUCGAUCGCAUUUAUGAUCGCAAUUGGGAAAGAAUUAGGAACCUUGAAAAUAUUAGUAGACAGCGAGCAUUCUCGAUUUUGAGGUGGGCAACAUUUGCCUUACGUCCGAUUACUAUUUGUGAGAUCACUGAGGCCCUGCUUCUGGCGGGCGACGAAUGCGGCACGCUGGACUACACAGAACUGCCCGACUCCAUCGACGAGGUCUAUAUCAAGACUGAAAUAUCAGAACUUUGUGGGUCUCUUAUUGAGGUUCGAAGGGCUGAAUCAGCUUCAAGCUUGGGUUAUUCAACUAUACAUCUGAGUCAUUUCUCAGUGAGGCAAUACAUUCUGUGUCAUAUGCCGGCUCGUCCCGGAGAGUUGAUCGGAAAUGAGCAGUUACGAUCUUCGAAUGAGGCAAUCCAAAGUAAUAUUCUUGCAAAAAUAUGCAUCCGCUACUUGGAUUGCAAGGACGUCUGGGAAGAAAUACAGCAACAAGAGGGGAAUAAUUCCAUAAUCCAAGCGUUCCGAGAGUAUGCAGCAAACUUGUGGCACAAGCACGUGAAGCAUGGAAUUGUUAAUUCCGAAGAUGUUGUCCAGCUAAUCAAUACGUUUUUCCACCCAGAAAAUGAGAACUGGGAGUCAUGGAGAAAAUAUAGCGAGAAUGGAUUCCAAAACAAGAUGAUACAGUAUGAAGGGGAACUUUUGUCAGGGAAUCCACUGUUUUAUGCGUCACUUCUCGGCUUCUCAAAAACACUAACUCAUCUCAUAGAGGAGGUCGGAUUGGACGUAAACUGUGUUGACUCAUCAAACCGAACAGCAUUGCUCGGUGCUUCCUCAAAGGGCUGGGUGUCAGGUGUAAUACAGCUUCUGCAAAGAGGGGCUAGUCCAUGGCAAACAAGGACGGAUGGACACCACUAA